GUUACAUAACUAAAAAAGAACCCCCAAAAAAAAGCACUUAAACCGUUUGUAGGCGCCUUAUAUUAACCUCUCAAUAUAUAGCUCUUUCCAAAAGCACCACUUACAUAUAUUCUCUUUCUCCUCCUCUCAUUUUUUUUCCACCUCCCAUUAUUUCUUCCUCUCCCUCUCUCUCUCUCUCUCCCUCUCUCUUUGGCUCGGGUGCAAAUGAGGCCACAAUUUCGAACGUUGCAUGUCUUCUUCCUCGUGUGGUUGGCGCUCUCCGUCGACGGCCACCGACGCCUCGUCGCCGGUGGCGGUUCAUACAACUACAAGGAAGCGCUUACGAAGUCGAUAUUGUUUCUCGAGGCGCAGCGAUCAGGGAAGCUCCCGCCGAACUCCAGGAUCCCUUGGCGCGGCGAUUCGGCGCUCGACGAUGGAAAGCUUGCCAAUGUGGAUCUUGUAGGAGGGUACUAUGAUGCAGGAGAUAAUGUUAAGUAUGGUUUACCCAUGGCCUUCACCAUUACGAGCCUCGCGUGGACGGCGCUUGCAUAUAAAUCCGAGCUACAAUCCACCGGAGAGCUCAAGAACGUGUACGCCGCGAUUCGCUGGGGCACGGACUACUUCCUCAAGGCCAGUUCCAAGAAAAAUCGCUUGUGGGUUCAGGUUGGAGAUCCAGUAGCAGAUCAUCAGUGCUGGGUGCGCCCUGAGAACAUGAAGACUCCGAGAACACUUUACAAGAUAGACCAGAGCACGCCGGGGACGGAGAUCGCCGCCGAGACGGCCGCUGCCAUGGCCGCUUCUUCGAUCGUUUUCAGGGAUAGCGAUCGCAAAUACGCUCGCCGGCUCUUGAACAAAGCCAAGUUGCUCUUUGAGUUUGCUAGAAACUACAAAGGAACAUAUGAUGGAGAAUGCCCAUUCUAUUGCUCCUACUCUGGCUACAAUGAUGAGUUGUUAUGGGCUGCUUCAUGGCUAUAUCUAGCAACAAAGAGGCAGAAUUACUUCAAAUAUAUCACUGAAGAAGCUGUAACUGCAAGUGUUGCUGAGUUCAGCUGGGAUCUUAAAUAUGCUGGUGUCCAAGUUCUCCUCUCAGAUCUGCAUCUAACAGGGGAGGGUGGUCUCCAGAAUUUCAAGACACAAGCUGACAACUUUGUCUGUGCCAUACUACCAGAUAGUCCCUUCCAUCAAGUGUAUAUUUCCCCGGGGGGAAUGAUUCAUCUAAGAGAUGGAGCGAACACCCAGUAUGUUACGGGCACCGCGUUCCUGUUCUUUUUGUACAGUGACAUUCUCAUCAAGAACCAUGAAACAGUCACAUGUGGGCAACAAGUGAUUCAACCUACUCGCCUCAGGGAAUUCGCCAAGCAACAGAUGGACUACCUUCUUGGGAGCAACCCUAGGGCCCGGUCGUACAUGGUGGGGUUCGGAGCCAGCCCUCCGACGGAGCCGCACCACCGCGGAGCGUCGGUGCCGGUGGUCCAGCUCCAGGAGGACGUCGACUGCGGCAUGAGCUUCACCAAGUGGUACGACCGGGACCAGCCGAACCCGAACGAGCUCACGGGGGCCAUCGUCGGCGGUCCCGACAGCUACGACAACUUCGACGACAAGCGGUCGGACUCCUCCAAGCUCGAGCCCACCACCUACAUCAACUCCCUCGCCGUCGGCCCCCUCGCCAAGCUCGCCGCGCACGCCUUCUGACAACGCAGCGAGAUCGAUCGGACGUGCCAGAUGCAUGAAAAUGCAUGGGAUCUUCGGCCUGGCGCCUGCGUGUCGGCCGAGAAAUUAAUAAUAUAUAUGCCUGGACCCGGUCCACCAUUUUCAGCUGUAGUCUGUAGACGAGCUUAUAUAUUAAUUCGUCGAUUAUUUAUUUCAUCUCUACUAUCAAUCUUUUUUUUUUUUUUUUUUUUUCUAGAAAGAAGCACGAUUAUCAAAUCUAGAAAAGAUUCUGGUGAUCACUACUAAAAUAAGAGAUGGAAUAAAUAUUUACGUUGGUGUAGCAGUUCACAGAUGACAUGGUGGACCAAGUAGAGGCAAUUAUUUCUGUCGUUCCAGUGGAUGCAUAAUAUAAUUGCCAAGAAUCGACAGCGCAGUAAACCUUAUCCUUAUACAUUAUGUAUAUGUAUGCAUAUGAAAGAAGAGUUCAGCUGUAAUACUACCGACAGUAAAGAAAUAGGUAUUGUUAUCCACGUGUUAGCACGUGCUUGAAUCCAUAUAAAAACCAAAUACAAUUCUAGUUUUUCUCUAUAAAAACAUAUACAUAUAAAAACCAAGAUCACAAUGAUGAACACUGACACUACCAGAGCACGAUUUGAGUUUAAAACUAGCAACGCAUUUGUACAUGAAUUUGGCCGAGAAAAACGGACGCAAGAAAUCAAAAGAAGCAGAUCGAAAGAGUUUAAAUUAAAAAAAAUUAAUAAAUAUAAACUCCAACACCUUGAUAGAUGAAUGAAUACAAAAAAUUAACAUGAAGAAACAGGUUCCUUACAUGCAAAUUUGUACUGCAAAGGGAGUGAAAGCCUAAGAUCUUAUUGUAGAAGGGAAAACGAUGAGCUGUAUUACUGAUUGAACUGCUAUCUCCCUAUCAAACUGGAAAAUUUCAAUAACGGUAAUGC